AUGCCUAGAAUAAUCAGCCUAGAUAAUAUUAACGUGAGUUGUCGGCCUCAAAAGUUUGAAAAAACAAAUUUUUUAGUCAAUUUUUCUCUCAAUGGAAACUUGAAGCUCAGAAUGCAAUACUGGCAUCACGCUAAAAAGAUUAUCCGAGUUGUGCUUUUGGGUGCUAGUCUUGCUGGCAACCCCUUUCCAACUCCUAUGUUCAUCACCCCAUGAUGUAAAAGCAAACCUCGAAGUGGACUUGGUCUGAGCUCUGAGCAUAAGCAGAACUUUAAUAUUGAGUUGCCUUUUAUAGCCCAAUUCUCUGGGCUGCAAAAUUCGCAAUCACAAAAAUAA